AUGUCAACUACUACAACUUUAAAACCAAUUAAAUUUUAUACUCUUAAUACUCCAAACGGAGCAAAGGUUUUCAUAUUAUUAAAACUAUUAGAGUUACCAUUUGAAACUAUUAAUAUUAAUAUUAAAAAGGUUCCAGCAUUAGUUGAUCCAAAUACAACUGGUGAAACUGGUGAACCUUUGACACUAUGGGAAUCAGGUAACAUUCUUUUGUAUCUUGCCAAGACUUAUGGAAAGGGUAAAUUAUUACCAAAUGUCGAUACCCAUCCACAAGCUCAUUAUGAAGUACUCAAUUGGGUAUUCCUUCAAAUGUCUGGAUUGGGACCAAAUCUCGGACAGUACUAUCACUACAAUGUAUUUGCUACUGAAAAGAUAGAGUAUUCAAUCAAACGUCAUUUUACCGAAGUGUCUCGUCUCUUUCAUCUCUUUGAACGUCAACUUUCUAAACACCCAUUCAUCGCAGGUCAUGAACUUUCAAUUGCCGAUCUUGCUAUCUACCCAUGGUCAAAGAUGAUUACAUUGAUUCCAGAACUUACUCAAGAACAAUUCCCCAAACUCUUUGAAUAUCAUUCUCGUCUUGCCAACCUCGACGCUGUUAAAGCUUACGUUCAAUAUUAUCAAGAAAGUCAAGCUGCAGAUCCAAAGAAACCAUUCACCGAAGAAGAACGUAAAAAUAGUUAUCUUUCAAGAAUGAAUUUUCUAGUCAAUAUAAUUUUAAUUAGUUUUCUAGUUUACUGUAUCCUUUCUUUUAUAAAAAAGAAUAAACUGUAUUCUACUUUUGAUCCUCCAAUGCCAAAGUUUAACCUACCAUUUAUUGGAUCACUUUUAAGCCUUGAUCCUAGAGACUUAACUUCUUAUGUUAAAUUGUCAAAAAAGUAUGGAAAGGUAUUUGCAAUGUGGGUAGGUGAUAAUUAUGUUGUCAAUGUUAGUGAUCCGGAAUAUAUUAAAGAAAUAUGGGUAAAGAAUAUUGACAAUUUCAUUGAUAGACCUAGUAUAAAGGUGUUUGGGUCUUUGACUGGUCAUGGAACUGGUGUUUUAGGAUCACAUUCAGAGAAUUGGUAUAGAAACAAAGAAUUGUUGGGUGGUCAAUUUUCAAAUCUAAAAUUAAAAUCCUAUUAUCCUGCCAUUACAAAUAUUUGUAAUGAAGCUAUCAACAAAUUUAUUAAUCAUUCAAAUUGUCUUAUUAAUCCAAAACAAAUAUUUAGAGAAUAUGCAAUGGAUGUUAAUACAAAUUUAAUUUUAUCUUUGGACCAAAAUCAAAUGGGAGAAGAAUAUAAAAGAAUGGAACAUUUAUUUGAUCAAUUUUUAACUAUUCACAAUCCAGUUUCAAUUUACUAUUGUAUUGAUUUAUUAUCAAAUCUAGUCCAAUUUAAAUAUUCAAAAAUUGAAAAGGAAAGAAAGGUUUUAUUCAAUUAUAUUAAACAAUUUUAUGAUUAUCAAUUAUCAACUUUGGAUUCUAAAAAUCCUAGAAAUUUAUUGGAUAAAAUGAUUUUAGAAGGAGGAUCAGAGAUUUCAAUUGUAAAUACAAUCAUUGAUUUUUAUCUUGGUGGUGUUGAUACAAGUGGAGUAUUUCUUACAAUGUUUACUUUGAUGGCUGUCAAUAAUCCAAAUGUUCAAGAAAAGGUUUAUAAUGAAUUGUAUCAAUUAAAAAAGAAUGAUGGUGAUGUUAAAAUAACGAUUUCAGAUAGACAAAAUACACCCUAUUUAAAUGCAGUGAUAAAGGAAACUCUUAGAAUUCUACCACCUGCACCAUUAUCACUCCCAAGACAAUGUAAACAAGAUACAAUGGUUGGUGACUAUUUAAUUAGAAAAGGAGCAAUCAUGCAACAAAAUGUUUGGGCUGUUCAUCACGAUGAAUGCUAUUACAAGGAUCCAGAAAUAUUUUUGCCAGAAAGAUUUCUAAACGAUAACCAUUCAUCUCAUUUCUUACCAUUUGGUGUUGGGGUUAGAAGUUGUCCAGGUUCCAAUCUAUCAGAUAUUGCAUCAUAUCUUUUAUGUGCUAAUCUAUUAUAUGGAUUUAAAAUUAGAUCUGUUGAUGGACUACCAAUUCAUCUUGAUCAUAGUGCAGUUGGUAUUACACUUCAACCAAUCCCAUUCAAAGUCAUCUUUGAAAAAAGAUAA